AUGGGUGUCAGUGGUGCCGGUAAGACCACACUGAUGGAUGUGCUGGCUGGGAGGAAGACCAGUGGAUAUGUAGAGGGCAACAUUACAAUAUCUGGCUACCCAAAGAAGCAAGAAACUUUUGCUCGUGUGUCAGGAUACUGCGAGCAGAAUGAUAUCCAUUCACCAAAUGUGACCGUCUACGAGUCCCUUGCAUUCUCUGCAUGGCUACGAUUACCGGCUGAUGUUGAUUCCUCAACAAGAAAGAUGUUCAUCGAUGAGGUCAUGGAGCUUGUGGAGCUUUCCCCCUUGAAAGAUUCAUUGGUUGGACUACCUGGUGUGACUGGAUUAUCAACUGAGCAAAGGAAAAGACUAACAAUUGCAGUGGAGCUGGUAGCUAACCCUUCUAUCAUUUUCAUGGAUGAACCGACAUCUGGACUUGAUGCAAGAGCUGCAGCCAUUGUCAUGAGGACAAUAAGGAAUAUAGUGGAUACAGGAAGGACAGUAGUUUGCACAAUUCACCAACCAAGCAUUGACAUAUUUGAAUCUUUUGAUGAGCUCUUCCUGAUGAAACUAGGAGGUGAAGAAAUUUAUGUAGGUCCACUGGGACGCCAUUCAUGUGAAUUGAUCAGAUAUUUUGAGGCUAUUGAAGGUGUGAGCAAGAUAAAAGACAGCUAUAAUCCUUCAACAUGGAUGCUGCAAGUGACUAGUGCAGUACAAGAACAGAUAACUGGGAUCAACUUCAGCCAAGUAUACAAGAAUUCUGAACUAUAUGGGAUGAACAAAAAUUUAAUAAAGGAGCUAAGCACACCCCCUGAAGGUUCAAAUGACCUAUCCUUUCCAACGCAGUACUCGCAGACCUUCCUCACACAAUGUUCCGCUUGCCUGUGGAAGCAAAGUCAGUCAUAUUGGAGAAAUCCCCCAUACACUGCUGUCAAGUACUUCUACACUGUAGUAAUGGCACUGCUGUUUGGAACAAUGUUUUGGGGCAUUGGCAAGAAAAGGCAGAGUCAACAGGACUUGUUCAAUGCCAUGGGUUCCAUGUACGCCUCAGUUUUGUACAUGGGGGUACAGAAUUCCGCGACAAUUCAGCCAGUUGUGGCUGUUGAGCGCACUGUCUUUUAUAGGGAAAGAGCGGCUCACAUGUACUCGCCUUUGCCAUAUGCAUUGGGGCAGGUUGCAAUUGAGGUUCCAUACAUCUUUGUUCAGUCCUUGAUAUAUGGCGUGAUAGUGUAUGCCAUGAUUGGGUUCGAAUGGACAGCUGUGAAGCUGUUCUGGUACCUGUUCUUCAUGUUCUUCACCCUAUCAUACUACACAUUUUACGGGAUGAUGACGGUGGGCCUGACUCCAAACUACAACAUUGCUUCCGUUGUUUCCUCGGCAUUCUACACCAUGUGGAACCUUUUCUCUGGAUUUAUAAUACCAAGAACAAAUCCUCCUCCGAUCUAUUCGUCGCUGCUCGCCGCUCCUGACCUUCUCCGUCCUCGACCUGCCCGGCGAGAGGAAUAA